AUGGCAUCUUCAUCUUCAACGGUGGCAGUAUUUGAACACUCGAUUGAUACUACAACGCAGAUACCGGGUGAAUAUGACUUGACGCAAGCUAGGAUAUCUAUUGUUGGACACAAUCAGUGCGGUAAAACGUCUUUGCUUGUUAGGUGGCUUCAUGAUAUGUUCAAUCCUAAUUUGAGCGGCAUGCAUGUUGAGCAAAUAUAUCGUAAGAAGAUCAAUUAUGAUGCAUUCUGUCAGAGUCGAUCUCUACAAGAGUAUCAGGAAUUAUGUGCUGACCCCAGCGGGAUAUCCUCAGAUGUCGAGAAUCGCUAUAUUAGUAUUAACAAGAAAGACUUGCCGCUGAUUACGCGAAGCAGUGAAUUUGAGGUCCAAGUACUUGAUACUACAAAUAUCGACUGCAGAAACCUUUCACAGAUCAGAAGACUUCAGGUUAAACAGUCUAACGGCUUUAUUCUCUGCUAUAACUGCAGUGAUGAGGAAUCCUUCAACCUCCUUCGCGUUUUUCAUCGCAAUAUUGUUGCUAUCAAGGGUAAUGAUGUUCCGAUAGUGGUAUGUUGCUGCAAAAUCGAUUUAGAAGGGGAUAGAGUUAUUUCCUCGGCGGACGUAGCCGAUCUUUGUGAUGAAUUUGAUCUCGACCUGAGUGAAUCCUACUGUGAAACUUCCGCCAAGGAAAACACAGGUACCCAAAACCUCUUCUACACUAUCUUACAAAAAAUCGAAAAGUACAAACAGGCUAUGCGUGACGAGAGGCGCAUCCAAAACGAGCACGUUUUCUGUUCUAGCAGCACUGAUUCCGAAAUCGGACCACCAAUUCCAGAACGUCCUUCCCCUAGACUCCUCAGAAAUUCUACAGCCCCUAUCCUCAGCAGCUCCCCGUGCCCCCCUCUAAAAUCUCCCGACUCAAUAUCCUCCUCUGAUGCUAUCGCCAACCCACCUCGUAUGCCAUCUCCCUCAACUCCAACAUCUAAUUUUAUCCCACAUACCCCUAACGUUAAUAUAGCACCGACCCCAUCGUUUACUCCCUCCCGUCGCCAUGUCCGCCGAUCGAGAGGCUCCUCUUGCAUAAUUAAUUAG